AAAAAUUACGUUUACCAUUUUCGAGUAGUUCUAGAUUUGGGGUAUAUCAAAUAAUCAAAUUAUACUUUGGUUUUAUCAAUUACUCUCUUACAAUGGAAGACAACAAAGAUUUUGAGACGUUGGAGCCUUCUCUACGAAAUGUAAUUGAGCAAAAAUCUCUGAGAUGGAUUUUCGUUGGGGGGAAAGGUGGUGUAGGAAAAACUACGUGCAGCUGCAGUCUUGCCGUUCAAUUAGCCAAGGUCCGGGAGUCUGUCCUCAUUAUUUCCACAGACCCAGCACACAACAUAUCUGAUGCGUUUGACCAAAAGUUCUCGAAGGUGCCAACAAAAGUUAAAGGCUUCAAUAAUUUAUUUGCUAUGGAGAUAGAUCCUAAUGUUGGGCUCACAGAGCUGCCUGAGGAGUACUUUGAGGGGGAGACUGAGGCUAUGAGGCUCGGCAAGGGAGUCAUGCAGGAGAUAGUUGGGGCAUUCCCUGGUAUUGAUGAGGCUAUGAGCUAUGCGGAGGUUAUGAAGCUGGUAAAAGGCAUGAACUUCAGUGCUGUGGUGUUUGACACAGCACCCACAGGUCACACUCUGCGUCUGCUCUCUUUCCCACAAGUUGUUGAGAGAGGUCUUGGCAAACUCAUGAGGCUUAAGUCAAAGGUGGCGCCAUUCAUCAACCAAGUGGCGACACUGUUUGGCUUAGCCGAGUUUAACUCCGACAUGUUUAGCAACAAAAUGGACGAGAUGUUAUCAGUUAUAAGACAAGUUAAUACUCAGUUUAAGGAUCCCAAUCAAACCACAUUCGUCUGCGUGUGUAUCGCCGAAUUUCUAUCGCUGUACGAGACAGAGCGCCUGGUCCAAGAGCUGACCCGCUGCGGCAUUGAUACCCACAAUAUUAUCGUGAACCAGCUGCUGCUACACACGUCCGCUCCGUGCGACCUCUGCGCCGCGAGGCACAAAGUCCAGGAGAAGUACUUGGAACAGAUCGCUGACUUAUACGAAGACUUCCACGUGACCAAACUUCCCCUGCUGGACAAGGAGGUCCGCGGCGCGUCCGCCGUCAACGCCUUCUCGGAGUACCUGCUGUCGCCCUACAACCCACCCGCGCCCGCCACGUGAUCUGCCUAGCACUUACCAAAAAGCUAUAUUGUGUAUAUCAGUAAAUGAAUUUAAUAAUCAGGUUCAAUCUUCAUUUCUAAAUUAAAUUUGAUAUUGGUGAGCGAAAGUGCUAUUAGUCGCAUAGCUCCCCUUUUAGAGUAAUGCUAGCUUUGUGAACAUGUACACUUUCAAGGGGUUUGGAGGUACUUAUAUGUAUCUUAUAUUAAACUAUAAUCUCCUCACAUUGACAGAAAAGUCAUAGAAUUCUAGAAAAUAAAUGUAAUAAUAUAUACUUUCAA